GCUGUCCUUCUUCCAGAAUGUGAAGAGGCAUCUUGUCCUGUGCCCCUGCUCACCCAACUAGAUCUGUCCAGCAUGUGAUUGGAUCCUCUUCGCAUGAUAUGGCCCCUGUCUCACGCUGUUUUUGACUAACUAUUUGCUUGGCAUUUCUGGUCUAGGUAGUGACAGGGAUGGCGCGGAUGCAACCUAAAUCUUUCUGUGUACGACGUAUACAUAGGUUGCUAGGUACCAAGCAGUACGGGGUAGGGUACAACCGUACAUAAAGUCUGCCAUGGCCCCCUUCACUCUCCCAACCCAUUUUUUCCUUAGCACAACAUGGAAUCCGGGCCCAGCAACACACAGGCAGGGGCGGAAGAUGCCCCAGAGAUGCGAGUCGUGAAGUUGUGCAGGGAGCAUCCCACCCUCCUCUUCUACAGCCUUCAUUGGCCCUUGUUUGAGCCCAUCACCGCCAUCCAGGUCCUGGACGACCCCACCGACCCGUCAUCGCAAAAGCGCCCCUUCCAGAACCCCGACGGGACAUUCCACGCCAUCGCUGCCUUGCCAAUAACGAGCCCUCCUGUGGCCUUGGUCGAGGUAAACGUCAAGGAAAUCGAGGAAUCAUAUGACUCCUUCAUCGACGAGCAUUUGCGUAGUGUCGACGAAGAGUAUGAACCUGAAGGCGGUGUCGACGGUGCCAAGUGCACAUGCUGUGGCUUCCAACCUCUCCUACGACCCAAGCUUAUGGUACAUUCAUCUUCUGCCAAGGGCGCAGACAUAACGUUACGCGACUACGUGACGCAGCUACAUGCGUGGCUCUUGAGUCUCGAAGACACCAUCCUGCGCGCCGUCGCACAGCCCCCGCAUCUGAUGGGGGACGAGAAGCGGCCACCUGGCGGACGCUUCUGGGUACGCUUUACUGGGGCGCCGGAGAAGGUGUGGUUGAGCGACGAGAAGAACAAUCCCAGCAUGGAGAGCGUGUUUGAUAGUAUCGCGAGGAUGGCAAGGCAUGAACUCGAAGUAUUCGACGAGACACCGCUGCCCGAGGAACCGACAGAUGUUGAUCCAGAUGCCUUUCUCAAGUAUUUGACCUGGAUGGACACUGUUGAUAUCAGAAAGCCGCUUGACGCGCCCGGUCAGCCCGUAAAACCUCCGAAUCCGUGGGAUGGGUCCUGGGGGGCACAAAGGCGGGUCGAAUCCCGUGCAGAAAGGCGAGCAAACAUCCAGGCUCAGGCUGAGGCUCGGCUUCAGGCUCAGGCGGAGGCACAGGACCAGGAGCAACAUCAGAACCAGUAACUAGC